UUAACUGGACCGAGCCCGGUCCGCAGCUCUGUGUACCACUGUGUGUGUGUGUGUGUGUGUGUGUGUGUGUGUGUGUGUGUGUGUGUGUGUGUGUGUGUGUGUGUACACCAUGUCUAAAGGUCCGCUGCUCCGCUCGUUGGUGGAACAGAGGAUCAGUUUGGCCGCAGCAGAAAUAUUUGGACUGUUUGAAAGGACCAUAGCAGAGUACGAGGAGGAGCUGAGGAGGUCCAAAGAGGAGAACCAACUGAACCACAAACUACUGGAGGAGCUGAGGAGGUCCAAAGAGGAGAACCAACGGAGCCACAAACUACUGGAGGCGGUUUGGAACCCGGACGUCCUGGGACACACAACAGAUGUUCAGCUUCUGUUGGUGGCCCAAGACCAGAGUCCAAGUCUGGACCCAGAACCGGACCCAAACCCCCCCCACAUCAAACAGGAACAGGAGGCUGAGGUCACCAGGGGGGCCACGCCCACUCCUGUCCCCGUGAAAAGUGAAAGCGAUGAGGAGGAAGUUCACCACAGACCGGAACCACAUGGACCAGAUGCAGGGCCAGACCUGAACCCAGUCUACGUACGAGACUUAAACUGUAGACCUGAACCGGACUCUGACACAAACGGACCCAGGUCCAUAAAAGCUGAGUCUCCUGUGGUGAGAAGACAGGUAGGACAGAAGUCCACGGUCCACCGAUGUCCUGAAUGUGGACAAACAUUUGGCUUCAAGUCCAGUCUGAAGACGCACAUGAAGGUUCACGCCAAAGAGACACCAUUCAGUUGUCCCGACUACGGUAAAGGCUUCUCUGCGAAGACAGGUUUGUUUGCUCACAUUAAAGUUCACAGCGGGGAGAGACCGUUUGGCUGCUCUGUUUGUAAAAAACACUUCAAAUGGCCCAGUCACGUCCGGAUGCACAUGGUCACGCACACUGGAGAGAAACUCUUCCACUGCUCCGUCUGCGGACGCGGGUUUUCGCAGAAGUCGGCGUUACAUUCUCACACGAGAAUCCAUACGGGAGAGAAACCCUUUCACUGUUCGGUCUGUAACAAACGCUUCGCACAACAAGGAAACGUCAGCAAACACAUGGUGACACACACGGGGGAGAGGAAGUUCGACUGUUCGCUUUGUAGAACGGGAUUCACAUCCAAGUCCAACCUGCUCCGACACGUCAUGACCAAUCACAUCGGAGAGAAACCCUACAUCUGCUCAGUCUGUGGGAAACGGUUCACACUGAAAGGAUAUUUACAGAAACACAUGAAGACGCAUGCGAAGCACGGAAACGUACACGGAUGAGCUGGAUCUGAGCUGGAUCUGUGGGUCCAGUCCUGUUAGUCCAGGAUCCACAGUUCAGACAGUAUGAGCUAAAGUGGACCAGAACCAGGAAAAGAAGAAAAACAGGAUGAACUGGAAAUAAUGGCAAACUGUUCUCUGUGUUUUAGGAUGAAAAGUGUUUAAAAUGAAAUUUGAAAAUAAAUUUUUAUCAUCAAUUAUUAAUAUCGUUUGUUCGGUUCAUUGUUGUGUUUAUUUCUUUUCAUUUUCUCAUUAUUUUUUUCUUUUUCUUCUUAAUUUUGGCUCAUUUUAAUGAUUAUUUUCUCCAUUUUUGAU